GCACUCAGUUGAGUUCUACACUUGAUCGCGGCCACAUCUCCCCGCGCGAUGGCUGACGUUCAUUAUUUGGCGAUCUUCGCAGCGCUACUGGCGGCGGGGGUGACCUCUAUCGGCGAGACGGACUUUGACGACCGGUCCUGCGGUCGCCAGCUGGCCCCGCUGGAGGGUCUGAUCAAGGCCGGCUUCCGAUCGCGACCAGGCGAAUACCCGUGGCACGUGGCGUUGUUCCACCGGGUGGGGAUCAGCGAGGAGUUCGAUUACCAGUGCGGAGGCACGCUCGUGCACAAGUUUAUCGUGGUGACGGCCGCGCAUUGCGUUACGCAGCGAUCGAGUCGGAAGCACCGGCCCGUGAGGGAUGUGCUGGUCAAGGUGGGGAGGUUCAACAUCUCCGAGGAGCACGAGGAGCAGGGACGCGAUCACGAGGUGGCCAAGAUUGUAACGCACGUCAACUACAAACCGCUGACGUACGAGAACGAUAUUGCGAUCUUGAAGCUGGAGGUGCCGGUGAUAUUUACGCAGUAUGUGCAGCCGGUGUGUCUGUGGAAACGGGACGACGGAGUAGUGCUGCCCAAUAUUUACGGCCGGGAAGGGACGGUUGUUGGAUGGGGACUGACGGACAGCAACAAAACCGCCGCGAUCCUGAACCAGGCACGGAUGCCGAUCGUGAGCACGCACGACUGUUUGGCGAGUGAUCGUGACUUCUUUGGGCACCUCAUCAACGCCAAGACGUUCUGUGCCGGGUUUCGGAACGGUACUGGAGUGUGCAACGGGGACAGCGGAGGUGGACUGAUCAUCCAGCAUCAAAAUCAGUGGUACCUACGGGGAGUAGUGUCCUUUAGCAAUACACUGGACUCCGCCGGGAUUUGCAACCUGAAGAAGUUUGUCGGCUUCACCGACGCCGGGCUGUACCUGGAGUGGAUCUACGAGAAUGCUCCGAUAAGCAACAACAGCGAUCCCAUCGAGGGACAUCCCAACGUUCGAUUGAUCAACCAAGGCAACUGUGGCAAGAAUGACUUCCUGUUUGGGUACGGCGAGGACAAGAAACCGGUCAUCUCACAGUACCCUUGGAUCGUGCAAGUUCGACACCCGUUCGCGAGUCACGAUUACGUGCAGUGCAACGGGCUGCUGAUCAACAAGAACUACAUCCUGACAACAACUUGCGUCGAUUGGAAUGACGACGUGUCGGUGACCCUGGGAGACUACAAAACGGGAGAAGUCAAAGACUGCGUGACCAGCCCAAUGCCCAUCUGUUCGGGGCCCGUCCAGGAGGUCGCCACCUCGGAGUUCUUCCAGAAGGACAAACUGAUCCUGGCGCGGCUAGCUUCACCAGCGUACGUCGGCCGGCGGGAUCACAUCGAAGCCGUCUGUCUGCCAACGAGCGUAGAACAGCGGGAACGGGUCUACCCGCGGUACGUGCUGACCGGGUGGAAGGAGUCCGGCGAGGAUUCGCAGUACCUGCAGCGAGCAGUGGUGGAUCUGAUUCACCACGGACCGUGCCAGCGGGAGCUGGGCCAGAACGUGUCGGAGUCGAUCAUUUGCGUGCGAAAUCGGGAAGAUCCGAGCAGGACGUCGGUGAAGUGCAACGAUUACAUGCAGGGAACGACCAUCCAGGCGGUGGAAAAGAAGUCCAACCGGUAUUUGGCGUACGGGAUUCAGACGGACAUAUCGUACUGUACGAAGCCGGAGCAGUUUAUCAAGAUUGUUGAUUAUAUGGAGUGGAUUUUGGAUAAUAUGAAGCCUUGAUUUAGAGCAGUAAACAGUAGGUGUUCAAUGAAAAAAA